AUGAGUGGUGAGGCAGAAAACCGCUCUAACAGAGCCAGAGUACAGCUGAACAUCGGUGGGCAGCUCUUUCAGCAGAUGUCAGACCACUCGUACCCUGGGGACAGGACUGGGACUAUCAGAGGAUUGAACAUGGGUGAGAGAGAUCAGUCACCCCUGGUCCACGGGACAUGGGUUCUCAUCCUGAACAUGAACAAGUUGGUCCACUUCUGGCUUCUCUGCCACCUGAGCGCUGUUGUGACCCCUCAGGAUGUCACACAAGAAGCCCAAAAGUUUUUAGAAGAGUUUAACAGCAGGGCAGAAAAUAUCAGCUAUGAGAACUCUAUUGCCUCAUGGAACUACAACACCAACAUCACUGAGGAGAAUGCCAAUAAAAUGAACGAGGCGGGUGCCAAGUGGUCGGCGUUUUACAAGGAGGCCUCCGAGAAUGCCAGCAAAUUCUCAGUGGACAGCAUCACGGAUGACCUCACCAAGCUCCAGAUCCAGACCCUCCAGGACAGAGGAUCGUCUGUGCUGCCAUCAGAAAAGUAUAACAGACUGGGCACUGUGCUAAAUACAAUGAGUACCAUCUACAGCACUGGGACCGUCUGUAAAAUCAACAAUCCAUCUGAGUGUUUGGUGCUGGAGCCAGGUCUGGAUGCUAUUAUGGCUGACAGCACUGAUUAUUACGAGAGACUGUGGGCCUGGGAAGGCUGGAGAGCUGAUGUUGGCAGAAUGAUGAGACCAUUAUACGAAGAAUAUGUUGAACUUGAAAACGAGGUUGCAAGGCUUAAUGGUUAUUCUGACUAUGGAGACUACUGGAGAGCAAAUUAUGAAGCACAGUCUCCAGAAAAUUACAAAUACAGCCGUGACCAGCUGAUUGAAGAUGUGGAGAAGACAUUUGAACAGAUAAAACCUCUGUAUGAGCAGCUGCAUGCCUACGUGAGACACCAGCUGGGGAAAGUGUACGGCCCCGAGCUCAUCAGCUCCACAGGAGGCCUCCCUGCUCACCUCCUGGGUGAUAUGUGGGGUAGAUUCUGGACAAAUCUGUAUGCCUUGACUGUUCCCUAUCCAAACAAACCAAACAUUGAUGUAACUUCUGCAAUGGUUGAACAGAACUGGGAUCCACUUAAAAUAUUCCAAUCUGCUGAGGACUUCUUUGUUUCCAUUGGCCUUUAUCACAUGACUGAGGGCUUCUGGAAUAACUCUAUGCUUAUAGAGCCAACUGACAACAGGAAGGUUGUCUGCCAUCCUACAGCAUGGGACCUGGGCAACAAUGAUUACAGGAUCAAGAUGUGCACCAAGGUGACCAUGGACGACUUCCUGACGGCGCACCACGAGAUGGGCCACAUCGAGUACGACAUGGCCUACGCGGCGCAGCCCUACCUGCUGCGCAGCGGCGCCAACGAGGGCUUCCACGAGGCCGUGGGCGAAAUCAUGUCCCUGUCUGCAGCCACUCCUCAGCACCUCAAGGCUCUCGGUCUCCUAGAGCCAACCUUCCAAGAUGAUGAAGAAACUGAAAUCAACUUUCUGCUCAAACAAGCACUAACAAUUGUUGGAACAAUGCCUUUUACUUACAUGCUGGAGAAGUGGAGGUGGAUGGUGUUUAAGGGUGAGAUUACAAAGCAGGAAUGGACCAAACGGUGGUGGGAGAUGAAGAGAGCUAUAGUUGGUGUUGUGGAACCAGUCCCUCACGAUGAAACCUACUGCGACCCUGCUGCACUGUUUCAUGUGGCCAAUGAUUACUCCUUCAUAAGGUAUUACACCCGCACCAUCUAUCAGUUCCAGUUUCAGGAGGCACUUUGCAAGGAAGCUAACCACACUGGCCCUCUUCACAAAUGUGACAUUACCAACUCCACUGCAGCUGGGGAGAAACUCAGUAAAUUGCUGUCAUUAGGAAGAUCCAAGCCCUGGACUGAAGCAUUGGAAAGUGUAACAGGAGAAAAAUACAUGAAUGCAACUCCCUUGCUCCACUACUUUGAACCUUUAUAUGAGUGGCUGAAGAAAAACAAUUCUGGCAGAUUCAUUGGCUGGAAAACAGAUUGGGCUCCAUAUUCUAACGAUGCCAUCAAAGUGCGCAUCAGCCUGAAGUCAGCUCUGGGUGACAAGGCGUAUGAAUGGAAUGACAACGAGCUCUUCUUGUUCAAGUCAUCCAUCGCCUAUGCCAUGAGAAGAUACUUCGCAGACAAGAAGAAACAGAAAGUUGACUUCCAAAUUACAGACAUUCAUGUUGGGGAACAGACACAAAGGAUCUCCUUCUACAUCACUGUCAGCAUGCCGGGUAAUGUCACUGAUACUGUGCCCAGAUAUGAUGUGGAAGAGGCCAUCAGGUGGUCUCGAGGACGAAUCAAUGAGGCUUUCAGACUGGAUGAUAAUACCCUGGAGUUUGUGGGAAUAGUUCCAACCCUGGCUCCACCUUACGAACCACCAGUAACCAUCUGGUUAAUUGUGUUUGGGGUGGUCAUUGGUCUGGUUGUCGUUGGUGCUAUUGCCUUGAUCAUCACUGGGCUAAGAGAUCGCAAAAAGAGAGCAAGAGAAAGCAGAGCUGAAGCAGGAUCAAAUAAUGAAGUGAACCCUUAUGGUGAAGAGGGAAGAAGCAACCUGGGCUUUGAGCCAGGUGAAGAGACACAAACAUCAUUUUAAAAGGUGUGGGUAUA